AGUAUGCACUUAUUCGCUCUUUCUGUCAGACCAGCACUCCUGAAUCGGAGGGUGCCACUUAAGGGCGAGGGUGGUGGAUCCAGGGUGCACGCACUUGUAGACGAGUAGACCCAUCGGGAGAGCGCGGACAGGAACCGUCGUACGGCCCCGUCCCUCAUCUAUCCCAACAGGAUGGAGAACGCACACACCAAGACUCCGGCAGAAUGCCUGGCUUACUUCGGCGUGAACGAGCACUCGGGUCUGACCCCCGACCAGUUCAAGAAGAAUCUGGACAAGUACGGCUUCAACGAGCUGCCCGCUGAGGAGGGCAAGAGCAUCUGGGAGCUGAUCAUUGAGCAGUUUGAGGACUUGCUGGUCAGAAUCCUGCUGCUGGCCGCCUGCAUCUCUUUUGUUCUGGCUUGGUUUGAAGAAGGCGAGGAGACCGUCACCGCCUUCGUGGAGCCCUUCGUCAUCCUCCUCAUCCUCAUCGCUAAUGCUGUGGUCGGAGUGUGGCAGGAGCGUAAUGCUGAGGAUGCCAUCGAGGCUCUCAAGGAGUACGAGCCUGAGAUGGGCAAAGUCUACCGUUCUGACAGAAAGAGCGUGCAGAGGAUCAAGGCCAGAGAAAUUGUCCCCGGAGACAUCGUGGAGGUGUCUGUUGGUGACAAAGUCCCCGCUGACAUCAGACUUGUUUCCAUCAAGUCCACCACCCUGCGUGUUGACCAGUCCAUCCUCACCGGUGAGUCCGUCAGUGUGAUCAAGCACACCGAGUUGGUUCCCGACCCCAGGGCCGUCAACCAGGACAAGAAGAACAUGCUUUUCUCUGGCACCAACAUCGCCGCCGGCAAGGCCAUCGGUGUGGCCAUCGCCACCGGAGUCUCCACCGAGAUCGGGAAGAUCCGCGACCAGAUGGCCGCCACCGAGCAGGAGAAGACCCCUCUGCAGGCCAAGCUGGAUGAGUUCGGGGAGCAGCUGUCCAAGGUCAUCUCUCUGAUCUGCGUCGCCGUCUGGGCCAUCAACAUUGGCCACUUCAACGACCCCGUCCACGGAGGCUCUUGGAUCCGCGGCGCCGUCUACUACUUCAAGAUCGCCGUCGCCUUGGCUGUGGCCGCCAUCCCUGAGGGUCUGCCCGCUGUCAUCACCACCUGCCUGGCCCUCGGGACCCGUCGUAUGGCCAAGAAGAACGCCAUUGUCAGAAGCCUGCCCUCUGUGGAGACGCUUGGCUGCACCUCUGUCAUCUGCUCCGACAAGACUGGCACCCUCACCACCAACCAGAUGUGCGUGACCAAGAUGUUUAUCGUCAAGAGGGUCGAGGGCAGCCACGUUGACCUUGACGCCUUCGAUAUCUCCGGAUCCAAGUACACCCCAGAAGGCGAGGUUUCCCAGGCUGGUGCAAAGACCAACUGCAGCGCCUACGACGGUCUUGUGGAGCUCGCCACCAUCUGCGCACUGUGCAAUGACUCCUCUUUGGACUACAACGAGUCGAAAAAGAUUUACGAGAAGGUCGGUGAGGCCACCGAAACCGCCCUGUGCUGCCUGGUAGAGAAGAUGAACGUGUUCAACUCCAACGUGAAGAACCUGUCCAAAAUUGAGAGAGCCAACGCUUGCUGCUCUGUCAUCAAGCAGCUCAUGAAGAAGAACUUCACUCUGGAGUUCUCCCGCGACAGGAAGUCCAUGUCCGUGUACUGCACUCCCACCAAGGGUGAAGGCGGUGCCAAGAUGUUUGUGAAGGUCGGUGCCCUUCUCUUGAGCCAAACGUUUCAACUUGCCCAGCACAGGCGUCAAAACGAUGUGGCUCCGCAGGGCGCCCCCGAAGGCGUGAUCGACAGGUGCAUGUACGUGCGCGUUGGCACCACCCGCGUCCCCCUGACCAACGCCAUCAAGGAGAAGAUCAUGACCGUGAUCAGGGACUGGGGUACCGGCCGUGACACCCUGCGUUGCCUGGCCCUGGCCACCUGCGACAACCCUCUGAAGCCCGAAGAGAUGAACUUGGAGGACUCCACCAAGUUUGCCGAUUACGAGACUGACCUGACAUUUGUGGGCUGCGUGGGAAUGCUCGAUCCCCCUCGUAAGGAGGUGACUGGCUCCAUCGAGCUGUGCCGAGCUGCCGGAAUCCGUGUCAUUAUGAUCACCGGUGACAACAAGGGAACCGCCAUCGCCAUCUGCCGUCGUAUUGGCAUCUUCAGUGAGGAUGAGGAUGUGGAAAGCAAGGCCUACACCGGCCGCGAGUUUGACGAUCUGCCCACCUACGAGCAGUCCGAGGCCGUCCGGAGAGCUUGCUGCUUUGCCCGUGUGGAGCCAGCCCACAAGUCCAAGAUUGUUGAGUACCUGCAGGGUUACGAUGACAUCACCGCCAUGACCGGUGAUGGUGUGAACGAUGCCCCCGCCCUGAAGAAGGCCGAGAUCGGCAUCGCCAUGGGCUCUGGCACUGCCGUUGCCAAGUCUGCCUCUGAGAUGGUCCUGGCUGACGACAACUUCUCUUCCAUUGUGGCUGCUGUCGAGGAGGGCAGAGCUAUCUACAACAACAUGAAGCAGUUCAUUCGCUACCUCAUCUCCUCCAACGUGGGUGAGGUCGUCUGUAUCUUCCUGACUGCCGCUCUGGGUCUGCCCGAGGCUCUGAUCCCCGUGCAGCUCCUGUGGGUCAACCUUGUAACUGACGGUCUGCCCGCCACCGCUCUGGGCUUCAACCCUCCUGAUCUGGACAUCAUGGGCAAGCCCCCACGAUCCCCCAAAGAGCCCCUGAUCUCUGGCUGGCUUUUCUUCAGAUACAUGGCCAUCGGUGGAUAUGUCGGUGCUGCUACCGUUGGUGGAGCUGCCUGGUGGUUCCUUUAUGACACCACCGGUCCUGGAGUCACCUACCACCAGUUGUCCCACUUCAUGCAGUGCCACGACGAGAACGAGGACUUCUCCGGUGUUGAUUGUGAAAUCUUUGAGGCUUCUCCUCCCAUGACCAUGGCUCUGUCCGUACUGGUCACCAUUGAGAUGUGCAAUGCUCUCAACAGCUUGUCUGAGAACCAGUCCCUGAUCCGCAUGCCUCCAUGGAGCAACAUGUGGCUUCUCGCUGCCAUGACCCUCUCCAUGUCCUUGCACUUCAUGAUCAUCUAUGUUGACCCUCUGCCCAUGAUCUUCAAAUUGACCCAUUUGACUAUUGACCAGUGGAUUAUGGUCCUCAAACUUUCCUUCCCCGUCAUCUUGAUUGACGAGGUGUUGAAGUUUGCUGCCCGUAACUACGUUGAGUGCUAAUUCAGUCCAACAUCACCGUUACUCUGUAACUAAAGUAAGGUACAGAAGUUAUUUAGAGAUAUAGAAGAAGGAGAUCUUAAAAGGGUUGUAUAGAAAUAAUUGGAGAAGAGCAAGACAGAGACAGAGAGAGAGAGAAAGGAGCAUCACAACCAUAAGGCCCAGCUGAACCAACCAUCAGAGGAGAGAAGAUAAAAUACAGGGAAAUGUGCACCAAAAAAAAAAAGAAAAAAGAAUAGCCCUAUAUAAAGAGAUUGAAAUCUCAAAGGGAGAUGUCCCUGCAAAUUCAGUAUCAAAGUAUUUAAGAUUUUAUUCUAAGAAAUGAUGUAUUAAAAGUGACUUUUUUUGUUAAACUUGGAUAUUCUCAGCUGUUGUGUUUUUGUGUCCUCUGUCCAUUUUCCUAUGAUAGAUUUUUCAGCUCAUGACUUUUACUCUUUUUAGUCUUUACUGCCUCGUGCAGGCGCCCUGCUUCAGGUGAGCUCUGCACAGUGUGCUGUAGGGUUGCAUUAAUGAAGGGCAAAAAAGCCAACAUCCAUCCAGCGGCCAGGGAUUCAACUCUCUCGGCUAGCUGCAGUCAGUGGUCUCUGGACACACGUUGGGCAUGUCCAUGCAGUCUCAACACUUUUGGUCUUAUAUAUUGUUUACGCGAUGAGAUGAAAUAAAAUGAUGAUGACAAA